AUGGUUCAGGCAUCUUUCCUAUUCCUACUCACCGACGUGGACUCGCUGUAUGCAACUAACCCUAAGCAUGAUCCUCAUGCUGAAAGCAUUGCUUUUGUCACUUCUGUAAGCUCGUUGAGAAAGAACAUCGAUUCCGAUCUCGGUGCCGGCACACCAAACGGAACUGGUGGAAUGGAAACUAAGCUGCGUGCAGCAGAGAUUGCAUCGGCGGCUGGGUUCUUCACCGUCAUUGCCUCUUCGGCGAAACCAGGAAUUGUUACGGAGAUACUUGAGUACUACAAAACCCAGCGCUUGCUGUCGGGGGGGACCGAAUUCAAAUCCCUCCCGGAUGACUCCAGUGAGAGUGAAGAUGAUGCGCGUCCACCGCAUACUAUCUUUCUGCCGAAUACCAAUGCCCAGUUUGCUCCUCCUUUCGCAGUGGGUGAGGCUCUGACGCCAUCAUCUUUAUGA